AUGAAGUCCACAGCUCUUAUUGCCGGACUCUCGAGUCCGCUCUUCGCAGUCGCAAAUUCCUGGAAUCCUUAUUACCUGAGCCAUGCUCAGCCUUCGCUGGAAACACGCGACGCAUCCGAAGCACUACUCCCGUAUGCAUUAGAACCGCUCCCGCUGGGAGUAGUCCACCCAAAUGGCUGGCUGCGCGAUCAACUGCGCCUGAUGGCCGACGGUCUCCCGGGUCAUGAGCAUGAUUUCUAUCGUUACGUCCGCGAUAAUCUUUGGGUAGGCGGAGACCAAGAAUACAGCGAUGCGCACGAAGCCCUCCCCUACUGGUACAACGGACUGGUGCCUCUUGCCUACCUCCUCAACGACCAGCGUCUCAAAGAUCAGGUGGCAAACACUACCGACUACGUCCUAUCCCAUCAACAACCCGAUGGAUGGCUCGGCCCAGAGACCAAUGUCACUGAGCGCGCAUUCUGGGCGCGGUAUCCGAUGCUCCUGGGACUGACCCAGCUAGCGGAGGUAGAGGCCAACACGCCCCUACGGACUCGCAUCCUCGAUGCGAUCCACCGUUUCGUCGAGCUGGCCCAUUCCAUGCUCUCCGAUAACUACCAAGGCUACGUCAAGCACGACGGCCAAAACUUCGACGACCAAUGGGGGCGUGCGCGUGCAGCUGAUAUGAUCAUGUCGCUACAGUGGCUGUACGAGCAUGACCCGCGCAAUCACUCAGAAACGCUACUCGAUUGCAUGACCUUGUUCCACAACCAGGCCCUGAACUGGUCGCAUUGGUACACCGACGAAGUCUACCCCAAAGCGGAUCUCGACACCCUGCCCGACGAUUUCACCAGUGCCAACUGGCCCUACGAACACGGCGUCAACAUCGCCGAGGGUCUGAAAUUUGGCGCCGUGAUCCGACGCUUCAAGCACGACGAUGCCUUUGCCGAGACCUCCCGGAGAGCUGUCAACUGGACGAUGCAGUAUCACAGCACCCCAUCCGGGUCCAUCAUCGCCGACGAGAGACUGGUAGGCCUCAGUCCGGUCCGGGGCGUUGAGCUGUGCACGGUUGUCGAAACAAUGUUCUCGCUCAGCUACAUCUAUCAUGCGCUGGGCGAGAACCACUUUGCCGAUCGGUGCGAGUUGGCUGCAUACAACGCGCUGCCGGUGAUGACCCUGCCAGACUGGUGGGCGCACCAGUACGUCGCGCAGACGAACCAACCCAUCUCCCACCAGCUCGACCAGUCUCCGUUCUCCACGGUCAACGAGGUCGGCCAGACGUACGGUCUUGAGCCCAACUAUCCCUGCUGUACCGUGAACCACCCGCAAGGGUACCCGAAAUACGUCGCCGCGUCGUAUGCUCGCGUUGGCCAGAAUGGGAUCGCGCAUGUUCUCCUCGGACCAACCUCCGCCAAUGCAACAACGCGAGCUGGCCUGAAGGUGGAUGUUAUCUGCGACACCGCGUAUCCGUUCACACAACAGCUAUCAUAUUGGAUCAGGGCGGACAAUUCAUUUGACUUUCAUGUGCGUGUUCCUCAGUGGGCGCGGUGGGUGAAAUUCUGGAUCAACGACUUCCAGCUCAAUAAUGUCAAGCCCGACCCCGUCACUGGGCUGCAGCGGAUCUCACUGGACGGGGACGUGUCCUUCGUCCGCGUGGAAUUUGGUGCCGACAUCCGGGUUGAAUCGCGCGCAAACGACACCGUAUCGAUAUACCAUGGCGCGCUUCUGUAUGCCAUCCCUAUCCCGUAUAAUCUCACCUCGUACCGCGAUUCGAACUAUCCAGACGCCCCGGCGAAUGUAUUGAACCAUGAUCUGUUGCCGACGGCAGCAUGGGCCUACGCCAUCGACCCAUCGACAUUGCGGUACAAGGGGCUCCCAAUCAACACGACGAAGGUCCCCAAUCCGCUGUGGACGGAUCAAGCACCGACAGCCAUUACAGCGAAAGUCUGCGAGAUUCGCUGGGACCUCGUUGACGGUUAUGCGCCGAACCCUCCUCUGAGCGAAAAUAGAAGCUGUCUCGGAGAUCCGUUCGACAUCGACCUGAUUCCGUACGGCGGGGCGAAGCUACACCUUGCCGAGAUACCAGUUGUAGAUUUGGCGGGGUGA